GGCGGGCGCCGCGAUCGGGCUGGCGGGCGCGCGCGGCAGCAUGGAGGAGCUGAGCAGCGUGGGCGAGCAGGUCUUCGCCGCCGAGUGCAUCCUGAGCAAGCGGCUCCGCAAGGGCAAGCUGGAGUACCUGGUAAAGUGGCGCGGCUGGUCUUCCAAACACAACAGCUGGGAGCCGGAGGAGAAUAUCCUGGAUCCACGGCUGCUCUUGGCCUUCCAGAAGAAGGAACACGAGAAGGAGGUGCAGAACCGGAAGAGAGGCAAGCGGCCCCGGGGCAGGCCGAGGAAGCACACGGUGAUGUCCUCCUGUGGCCGGCACUCCAAGCUCAAGGAAACUGACACCACCUCCAAGUGCAAAUCCAGCAGCUCCUCCUCGUCCUCUACAUCCUCCUCGUCUUCCUCGGAUGAAGAAGAUGACAGCGACUUAGACGCCAAGAGGGGUCCCAGGAGCCGUGAGACCCAUCCAGUGCCUCAGAAGAAGGCCCAGAUCCUGGUGGCCAGACCCGAACUGAAGGACCCCAUCCGGAAGAAGCGGGGCCGCAAGCCCCUGCCCCCAGAGCAGAAGGCGGCCCGGAGACCCGUGAGCCUGGCCAGGGUGCUAAAGACUGCCCGGAAGGACCUGGGGGCGCCAGCCAGCAAGCUGCCCGCUCCGCUCAGCGCCCCUGUGGCCGGCCUGGCAGCACUGAAGGCACACACCAAGGAGGCGUGCAGCAGCCCCAGCACCAUGGCCACCCCGGAGAACCUGGCCGGCCUGAUGAAGGGCAUGGCCGGCAGCCCCAGCCGAGGCGGCAUUAGCUGGCAGAGCUCGAUCGUGCACUACAUGAACCGCGUGAGCCAGAGCCAGGCCGCAGCCGCCAGCAGGCUGGCGCUCAAAGCCCAGGCCACCGGCAAGUGCAGUCUCGGGCUGGACCUCAAGGUGAGGACGCAGAAGGGUGAGCUGGGGUUCAGUUCCCCAGGAAGCAAAGCCCCAAAGGCCCCCAGCAGCGGGGCAGUGGAGCAGAAAGGGGGGAACGCAGCAGGGCCCCCACAUGUCCACGGCAGCAGCAAGGUCCCUGCCAGUUGCCUGAGCCCCCAGCCUGCACCCACCCAAGAGCUGAGCCUCCAGGUCUUAGACUUACAGAGUGUCAAGAACGGCACACCUGGGGUGGGCAUGGUUGCCCGCCAUGCCACGACCAACAAGGGCGUCCCUGCCACCAUGCCAGGCACUGGGAAAGGGGCCGGAGCCGGUGCCACGGGGGGCAGCGGGGCUGGCGUGAUGGCAGACACCGGCAAGAGUGAGAAGCUGGCAUCCAGAGCCGCAACUCUGCCUGGCCCUGCAGGCAAGCGGGACUGUGUCGAGGGCAGUGUGGCUGCUGGAGGGCAGGAGGGGCCCGGGGCCCGGGGUGACACCCGCAAGGCGGCCACGCUGCUGGGGCUGAGCACCGGUGAGGAGAACAGCAGCUCUGACUCGGACCCUGACUCCGCCUCGCCGCCCGGCACCAAGCAGAGCCUGUCUGUGUCUGUGCAGACCAGCCAGGACUGGAAGCCCACCCGUAGCCUCAUUGAGCAUGUCUUUGUCACUGACGUCACUGCCAACCUCAUCACCGUCACGGUGAAGGAAUCCCCCACCAGUGUGGGCUUCUUCAACCUGAGGCACUACUGACCGUGUGACGGCCACCGUCGGGGCCUCCCCUGCCUGUCUCUGGCCUCUACUCUGCUCCAGAGUAGCCGCACCUCACACUCUCUCCAGGGGCCAGGUGGCCUUGAAGGGCAGGCUUGGAAGGCCUUCUCCCUGGACCCCAGCCCUGCCUGUGAUGCCUUGCCAGGGCCUGGCCCAGCCCUGCUCCUACCUCUGGGCCUUUGCUUUCCACUGGCCUCGGAGUCCGGGCAGCUGCCCAGGGCUCAAGCCAAACCUCACACUCCCUGCUUGCCUGCAGGGGAGGGCCGUCAGCAUUUCUUGUGCAGAGUGACUCUUCUGCCCACUGUGGGUGACACUGUAUUGGGGGUUGGGGGGGGGCAGAACAGUCCAGCCAGGCCUCACUGGUUGCAACCCCCCCCUCAGCACUGUCUGAGCCGGCAUAGGGGAGGGGACUUGCUGUCCCUGUCCUCCCCCGCUGACAGCUGAGGGCUGUGGCCUUAACGGAAAAGGACAGGUUUCAAAAGUGUAGAGGGUGGGGGCCAGCAACCCAGGGGAGGUGGGUUUUGAUGCCACCUGACCCUGGUUCGGACUGACGGCCACAGGCCCUGGAUGCUGACCCAAAAGUCCCAUCAGGCCGGGGAGGGGCCUGUCCCAGAGCUGUUGGGCCUGAACAGCCUCCGAGUUCAGGGGACAGGAGGAGUGGGUGUGACUGGCUGUGUCCCUGCCAGCUGCCCCUGGGCAGACUGCCUAGGCCCGACCUUGGCCCUGCACACUGCCCCUGCCUUGCCCUGUCCGUGGCCUUGCCCUGUCCCCGGCCUUCGAGAGGUGCCAUCCUCCCUAAUAAUCCCCCCACCUCCGGGGGUUUCGUGUCCUUUCCAGCUGGGAAGCUGGCUCCCUGCACCAUUUGGGAAGUAGGACAAAAUCGAGGGGCCCGCCUGGCCAAUAGCCCCAAGAAAGGCCGGGUCUGCUGCCACCAUAUACCCCCCAGCUGGCUAUAUUGGGGUGCUGCCUCAUGUAAUGACCAGCCUCGGAACUGGGGGCAGAGAGAUGGGUCACCUCAGGGCAGGAGCACUGGGUAUUUGUAAAGCCAAAAAGAAGUGGGACUUUGGGGGACGCUCUGUUCAGUUACUGGUUACAGUCAGCCAGCUGGGGUGGGACUCUAUCCCCACGGCCUUAACCGAAGGGGCCCUGGGCCCGGACUUGCUCAGUGGGCUGUGGUCUCUGAGGGCUGGGCCUGCUCCACUGCAGGGCCCUGGUCCCCCACCCUCCAUGCCAAAUAGGGAGCAUGGCUUCUGAGUAGCCGAACCACUUUCAACAGUGUGCCUUUGGGGACGGCCUGUGUCCAGGACCUCAUUGAGAGCCACCCGAGUGAAGUUUCUGGGUCUCGUGUGGUCACCAUGCUGACUGGCAGGAAUGGUGCUCACAGCCUCCAAGUUCCACAGACCCUCCUGCCUGUUGCCCCUCUGCCUUAGAAGCUGCAGCUCCUUCCAGGCCUGUGGGGCAACCCUGGGCUUCCAGGGGCUGUGGGAUGAUGUCAUCACCAGCAGCCAGGUCUCUGGAAACGACUUGGUACCUUUCUGUUUACCAGCCAUUUCAAUCCCAAAGUUUGAGUCUGCAGGCCCCUGACUCCCAGCCACUUUGCCUUCUCACUGUGUGGUGUGUGUUUCUUGGUGCUUGUGACUCUGAGCAGUUUGUGUUUAAGUGGGCGGGGUGUGUGCACUCUGGCGUGUACAGCCUUUACUGGGGUAGGACUGCAUGUUUACCAAUAAAAAGUACUUUCACUUGCU